UCCAGUCCCUGGGUGAAGCCCAGGCUGCAGUGCAUCCCAGUGCCACGGUGCAUCCCGGUGGUGCUGUGGGCCCACCAGAGCCUGGAGAAGAGGAUGAGGAAGCAGCCAGCUGUGCGCAGCAGGAAAGGAAAAGGUCUGCUUAAAGCCCACCAAAGCCAUCGUGACAAUUUCCCACUGAAGGCUCCACGUCAGCCCCGUGCCACAGGGACAGGGCUCUGUUCCAGGGCUGAUCCCAUGAGCCAGGAAGGCUUGCACUGCCCUUUGCGCCCGGGGCCGUGGCUCCCCACUCUUACUGCGCUGCACAGGACCCCCCUCCAGCGCCCAACGCGAAGCUGCUGUGCUCUGCUGCCACGGUGAGAGAUAGGAUGUUAGCUGGGGAGGCGAGUAUGCGCAGCCCAAUCCUGGCCUGCUGGCAGCCAAUUCUCCUCCUGAUGCUGGGAUCCAUCCUGUCCGGCUCUGCCACGGGCUGCCCGCCGCGCUGCGAGUGCUCUGCCCAGGAGCGUGCUGUCCUGUGCCAUCGGAAGCGAUUCAUGGUCGUCCCGGAGGGGAUCCCAACUGAGACCAGGCAGCUGGACUUGGGUAAGAACCGCAUCAAGACGCUCAACCAGGAUGAAUUUGCCAACUACCCUCACCUCGAAGAGCUGGAGCUAAACGAGAACAUUAUCAGUGCCAUUGAACCUGGGGCUUUCAACAACCUCUUCAACCUCAGGACGCUGGGGCUCAGGAGUAACAGACUCAAGCUGAUCCCCUUGGGGGUGUUUACUGGACUCAGCAACCUUACCAAGCUAGACAUUAGUGAGAACAAAAUUGUGAUCCUCCUAGACUACAUGUUCCAGGACUUGUACAACCUGAAGUCUUUGGAGGUGGGGGACAACGACCUUGUCUACAUUUCCCAUCGGGCCUUCAGCGGCCUCAACAGCCUGGAGCAGCUGACCCUGGAGAAAUGCAACCUGACCUCCAUCCCCACGGAGGCCCUGUCUCACCUGCACGGCUUGAUUGUGCUGCGGCUGCGCCACCUGAACAUCAACGCCAUCCGGGAUUACUCAUUCAAGAGGCUGUACAGGCUUAAGGUUCUCGAGAUCUCACACUGGCCCUACUUGGAUACCAUGACAUCCAACUGCCUCUACGGGUUGAACCUGACCUCCUUGUCCAUCACCCACUGCAACCUGACGUCCAUCCCGUACGUGUCGGUGAGGCACUUGGUUUACCUCCGGUUCCUAAACCUGUCCUACAACCCCAUCGUCACCAUCGAGGGCUCCAUGCUCCAUGACCUGCUCAGGCUGCAGGAGAUCCAGCUGGUGGGAGGGCAGCUCACCACGGUCGAGCCCUUUGCCUUCCGUGGCCUCAAUUACCUGCGCAUCCUGAACGUGUCAGGAAACUUGCUGACCACUCUGGAAGAGUCGGCCUUCCACUCGGUGGGCAACCUGGAGACGCUCAUCCUCGACAACAACCCCUUAGCCUGCGACUGUCGGCUGCUGUGGGUUUUCCGACGGCGAUGGAGGUUGAACUUCAAUAAGCAGCAGCCCACCUGCUCGACCCCCGAGUUCGUCCAGGGCAAGGAGUUCAAAGACUUCCCCGACGUCCUCCUGCCCAACUACUUCACCUGCCGCCGAGCUCGGAUACGGGACCGCAAACCUCAGCAGAUCUUCGUGGACGAAGGCCACACGGUCCAUUUUGUCUGUCGGGCAGACGGGGAUCCACCGCCCGCCAUCAUGUGGCUUUCUCCCCGGAAGCACCUCAUCUCUACCAAAACCAACGGGCGGCUCACUGUCUUCCCUGACGGCACGCUGGAGGUGCGCUACGCCCAGAUCCAGGACAACGGCACCUACCUAUGCAUUGCCAGCAACGCGGGUGGCAACGACACCAUGCUGGCCCACCUGCACGUGCGCAGCUACUCCCCAGACUGGCCCCACCAGCCCAACAAGACCUUCGCGUUCAUCUCCAACCAGCCCAACGAGAGCGAUGCCAACAGCACACGUGCCACCGUGCCUUUUCCCUUUGACAUCAAGACUCUCAUCAUCGCCACCACCAUGGGCUUCAUUUCUUUCCUGGGCGUCGUGCUCUUCUGUCUGGUGCUCCUCUUCCUGUGGAGCCGGGGGAAAGGCAACACCAAGCACAACAUUGAAAUCGAGUACGUGCCACGCAAGUCUGACGCGGGCAUCAGCUCUGCCGAUGCGCCGCGCAAAUUCAAUAUGAAAAUGAUUUAACCAGGCAACAAUUUGCAAAUAGUUUUGGUUUUUUGUUUUUUGUUUUUUUUUUUUUUUAAAGAGAACAUAUGAACAAAUAAAAAUAAUUUAAAAACAUUGGUACAAACAUACCGACCUCUCUCCUUCCACCACGCCCUCCGCCCCGGUCCAAACUCUCUGCACCCACACCGUCACCACCUCUUUCUCCUCCUCUUCUUCUUUAUACCAGGAAAACAUUCAGCCGAUGUCUUCAGGACUCCUGUGUUUGUAAGGACUUUGUCUGAUGGACUCUGGUGUCAGAUAUAAUUCUGAGAGGGAAAAACAACAAGGGGGGGAAAUAAAUUUAAAAAAAAAAAAAAAGAGAGAAAUAAAAUCAAUAAAAAGUUACAAACUUUCUUCUGUAACUUUGAUUUCAAUAAUUAUGAAUUUUUAUGAAAACUUGAAAUAAUAAAAAACCCUAUUUCCUAUA